ACCACGACAGUCGGUACCCACUACCCACUACAUGUAUAGUUUCGGACGAGGGCGGUCGCCGGUCUGUGGUUAGUACUUUAGUUUGUCGCUGGCCGCGGCUUUUUGCAGUCAGCGUGCAUUCUAUGACGACGAAAACCGUACGGCAGUGACAGUCGUUAGUCACGACUUAUCGGCCAACCAUACGCGGUUUGUGGUGUGCUGCUGAAUGCUGAUCGGCGUCUUCUAAAGUUCUGACUAGCCAUGGCGUCGUCUAAUGCCGUCCAAUCGGAAGUAACAAAACUUCCAUCUUCUGACCGUUUUUCAUUAUUACCAAAAAUAAUAAAUGGAGGUAUAGCUGGUAUUAUCGGAGUAACCAUAGUUUUCCCACUGGAUUUGGUUAAGACAAGACUUCAAAAUCAAAAGCCAGGUCCCGAUGGAUCUUUCAUGUAUAGAUCAAUGUUUGAUGCAUUUCGAAAGACAUAUGCUGCUGAAGGAUAUUUUGGAAUGUACCGAGGAUCUGCUGUUAAUAUUUUAUUAAUUACGCCAGAAAAAGCCAUUAAAUUAGCAGCUAAUGAUCAAUUUCGGCAUUGGUUGGCACCGCCUGGGAAGCCUUUAACGUUAAUACGCGAAAUGUUGGCCGGUGCAGGUGCUGGACUUUUUCAAAUUGUUGUUACCACUCCUAUGGAAUUAUUGAAAAUUCAAAUGCAAGAUGCAGGACGAGUUGCUGCACAAGCUAAAUUAGAAGGAAAAACUGUCCCAAAAGUAUCAGCUACAUCGUUGGCACGUGAAUUGGUUGCAUCUAAAGGAUUAUUAGGUCUUUACCGUGGUGUAGGAGCUACAGGAAUGCGUGAUGUAACAUUUUCCAUCAUUUACUUUCCUAUGUUUGCUAGAUUAAAUGCUUUAGGACCACGUAAAAAAGAUGGAUCUGGCGAUGCAGUAUUUUGGUGUUCAUUUGUAUCAGGUUGUGCAGCUGGCUCAAGUGCUGCUUUAGCUGUAAAUCCAAUUGAUGUAAUUAAAACUAGAUUGCAAGCAAUUAAAAAAUCUGAUGCCGAAGUAGAAUAUAAAGGAGUUGUUGACUGUUUUAUGAAAACAUUACGUAAUGAAGGUCCUUUGGCAUUCUUCAGAGGAGGUGCAUGUCGAAUGAUAGUGAUUGCACCACUGUUUGGUAUCGCACAAACUGUUUAUUAUUUAGGGGUAGCUGAAAGAAUUAUGGGUGUGAAAAAAUGAAGUGGCAAUAUUCAGUGUAAAGCAAUAAAAAUGUAUCUGCAAUUAGUUCACUUUUAUCCUUACACAGUAUUAUUGUUAGCUCAUUUUUGCAUUUUCGCAUAUUUCUGAGGCAUAGUUAUAUACUUAUACGAAUUUCAAAUUUAGUACUUAUGGGUGACAAACCAUUUACCAAAUUUCACUAAAUUAUAAUCGUUCAAUUAUUUAAUUCAGAGGCCAAUAACAGUUCAGGGUUGUUAUGAUUUUUUUUUUGUUUUGAUUUUUUUUUGUUGGCUUAAACAAUUUAUUUAGUUGUACUAUAAUAUUUUUAUGAAAAAAAAAAAAAAUCAUUAAUGAUACUAUUAUAACAAAUAAUAGUUAAAAGUAAACUUAGAUGAAAACAAUCAUUUAAAUAUAUGUUACUAAUGUUAAGGUUGAAAUUAACUGUGAUUGUUUAUGAACAUUAUCUUCUUUAUGUACUUAAAUUUAAAUAUUACCUGUGCUGUCAUGCAUUCCGUGUCCAAUGUAACCGUGAUUAUAUUUUAAUGCCAAAUUUUUUACCAUACUUACUAUUAUUAAUGAUGUAGUAUUAUAAUUGUUUUAAUUAUUUAUUAAUAAUAUCUAAAAAAUAUAGUAAAUUUAACAAUUAACUGAAUAA